UGUCUUCUAACUGGGGUUUCAGACAAAAGGAAAAUCAUAGCUUAUAGGAACAUGAUAUACACGUAUCGAGUGUGUAAAUAAUCUGCUAGAGAAGGCAAAAAGGCGUUCUCACCUAUACGGCCCGUAAACAGCCUGAUAACUAACUCUGCGGUUGAAUACAUACGCCACGUUAAGCGAAAUCAUCACGAACAAUCUCUUCAUGUACCUAUUUCCGGACCUCAUGAUCUACAAAAUAAAAAAUACAAACAACAAAAACGAUAAUUUCUGGGCCGAUCCGUUUCCUUCACGCUUUCAUCUAAAGAGUAUAAGAGCCCAGUCAGAAUGUCUAUGCUUGAAAUGCUCUGAGCAAGCAGAGGCUUUGCCAGGUCGUUCAGAUUAAUCGAAACCGGCGUGUGAGGCUCCCGUGCUUGGUCAAAUGAAGCUUGGCGCGAAAAUGCCAAUCUCCGAUCGCUCACACUGAGACCGAAACCCGCGUUCCAUGAAUUCUGGGACUCUUUCUCCGAUGGCUGUGCUCCAAAGAACAGAAAGUAGAAUUGUCAGUGGCUCAACCGUAAUUAAGGUCACACAGGGCAUAUGCGGCUCAAAAAGUGUCAAAUAAAAGACUAUUCAUUCAUGUUCAUUCGUUAUAGUAAGAUACAAGGAUAUGUUUUUUUGGAUUUAUGUAAACCGACUUUCAAGUGUUGGUGUGCGGCGGGGAGCAGAUUGAUUCUUUACCCCAGUCUCCUCUCGAUCCCAAUCUCCUCUCGAUAACAUAUGACUUCAUUCCAUCCUCUUCCACAAGCUCCACUUCACAAGUCUCAUCUAUCGGAACCAUCUCACUUUCUUCUUUCUUUGAGCCAAAACUAGAAGAACUAGAACCUUCAUGGGGUCAGUAUCUCUGAAAAUCGGGGAUGGAACAGCAAGAUUCAGAAGAGCAGCCCUGUACUCUUCAGCAAUCAACAUUAUCAUGCUCUUCUCUUUGCUCACCACCAAUCUAUUUGCUUUUUACGCUUUCACAUCCUCCCCAAAGGACCGCCAAAGCCACCUACUUCACCCAACUCACAAUAAUAUCUCUCUCAUCUCGGAGCACGUCUCGCUGAUCCUCAGAGAGAUCGAUUCCUCAAAGAAAAAGCUAGCCAAGAUGGAAAAAGAGCUUCUUGGCUACGAAAGCCUCGAUCUUUCAAGACCUCACCUUGCAAACGAGCUGAAGCUUUUUCUCAAGCCUCGCCAGCUUCCAUUGGGGAAAGACUCAAGAACUGGGAUCACCGAAAUGGUUGCUUCCGUGGGCCAUUCCUGUGUGAAAUCCGUGGACUUAUUGUCUCAGUAUAUGGCUUACAAGGUCUCUGGGCCUUGCCCUGACGAUUGGAGCGUUGCCCAGAAGCUAAUUUUGCGCGGUUGUGAGCCUUUGCCCAGAAGAAGGUGCUUUGCCAAGUCUGUUCCUAAGGUGGGUCUCGAACCUUUUCCCAUUUCUCUCUGGAAACCUGUCGGUGAUAAGAAUGUUAUCUGGAGUGGUCUUGAGUGUAAGAGUUUUGAGUGUUUGAACAGCAAGAAACUGAGUAAAGAUUGUGUUGGUUGUUUUGAUUUGGUUGGUGGGUACGAGAAUCAGAAGUUUGUCAAGUCUAGAGGCAAAAAUGAGUUUCUAAUUGAUGAUGUUUUAGCUUUGGGAAGUGGAGGGGCCAGAAUUGGAUUUGAUAUUGGUGGUGGGUCUGGUACCUUUGCUGCUAGAAUGGCAGAGAGGAAUGUGACUGUGAUCACUAGCACCUUGAAUAUUGAUGCCCCAAUUAGCGAAUUUAUUGCUGCAAGAGGACUUUUCCCCCUAUUCUUGAGUUUAGAUCAUCGUUUCCCUUUCUACGAUAACGCGUUUGAUUUUGUUCACGUCGUUGGUGGAUUGGAUAUGGGGGGAAAACCUGAGAAAUUGGAGUUCCUUAUGUUUGAUAUUGAUCGCAUUUUAAGGGCUGGCGGCUUGUUUUGGUUGGAUAAUUUUUGUUGUCCUAACAACGAGAAGAAAAGUGAGUUAACAAGUUUGAUUGAAAGGUUUACAUAUAAAAAGCUCAAGUGGGUUGUGGGGGAGAAGGCAGACUCAACUGGGUCAGGGAAAUUAGAGGUUUAUUUGUCUGCCGUUUUACAGAAGCCUGUGAGAGUAUGACACUCAAGAGAAGCUUCAACAGGAAAUAACAGGAGCUGGAACAACUCGGAUGGUUAUCUGGGGAGAGGACUUCUGGUGCAUAUGUUGCAUGGAAUGCUUGACUUUGCAUCAGCUCCAUAACCACUUGUAAUCUGUGUAUCGGUCAAACAUUGGAUGAGUUUCUUGAAUCGAUUCAAUAGUGCGCACAAAGACACCUUACCAGCUUCGUUUCCUCAAUCCAGGCCGAAUGCCACCCGCAGCAGAGCAUCCAUAUGCACCCUUUCUUUGAUCUGUUAAUUGGGUUAAGCUCAGAAAUUAAUCAGAAAAUUAGCCAAUUGAGGUUCCUU